ACUGUCGCUCAAAGCAGUGUCCGUUUGGAGCCGGAUGCUGUGACCCUAGUCGCAAGCAAGUCCUCCAAGACCGAGGGGAUUCCCAAAUCGGACUCAUCCGACAAUCUUCAAUCGUCACAGGUUAGAACUUCCCUCGCCUUAUUACCAAUCCGGGUCCCUAUCGUAGCUCCCAUGCCGAUCGCACCCGUGGUACCUUCCGCGUGCAGCCACCAUUGACAACCGGACGCCAGUUCUCCCUAACCGACCUCCCGGAUACCGACCCAGUCCGCCGGGUCCAAGCCGCCAAGGUGCGCACCCAGGCCAGGGCCAUCCCGGGGCCCGGCGACAUGCCGUCAGGAAAUCGCAGCUUUCCGCACUACUUCGGAAACAGAGAGCGACUGCCGCUCAACAACGAGCCGCCGCUCAUCGAGCACCCGCUCACCCCGGACAAGCCGUACGAGCGGGACAGCAACCCCGGCUCGGCCCGCAUCAUCACCAACUGGUGGGAUCGCUCGACGCCCGAAGUCGUCUAUCACGAUCCUCUGACUCCCCCGCUGCCGGGUGCUACAUAUCCCCCGUUCAAGAUGGCAAAUUAUCGUCCCGCCUCGAGAGACGGGGUGGAAGGCUCGGAGGCCGCCGCCCCGAACGACGAGCUGGGCCGCACCGGUUUGGCAACGCUUCGAAGGUCCACGUCGCUCUAGACAGAAGCUGAGAACGUCAACUGGUUUGUCAAUGGUUGGAAGAUUGGGAUGAAGGCAAACAGAUUGUCAAGGGCUGAAGGUUGGAAGAGAAUGGUCUAAUUGCUACUCCGCAUCAGCGAUUGGAAUCCAGGGAACAGACUGCUAAGCUGAAGUGUGGGAUAAUGGGAACGAAUCCUGAAGAUCAAACUGCUAUAUACUGCACAUCAAGUCAGCGUCUCUGUUGCAACAGGAUGCCGAAUAAUCAAACCAAUGAUAUAGAGGAUCUCUCGCCGCACCGUAGUCUUUUCUCACUACACCGUAGUUCCACAUACUGCUGCAUUUUCCACCACACCCCCUUCCUUUCAAGUAAUACUACCACCUUCAAUCUUCCACUUCAAUCUUCCAAUUCAAUCUUCCACUUCAAUCUUCCACUUCAAUCCUCCAUUCUCUCUAUAUAUAGCGAUAGCGACUGGAACUGCGAUACAGCGACAGCGACUGCAAUACAGAGACUGC